CAUAUUUUCAUGUCUUUGGUUGCAAAUGUUACAUUUUGAAUAACAAAGACAGCAAUCUCAAGAAAUUUGAUGCUAAAUCUUGUGAAGGAAUAUUUCUAGGCUAUUCAACAAAUAGCAAAGCAUAUAGGAUCUUCAAUAGAAAAACAUUGACCAUGGAAGAAUCAAUGCAUAUACUUUUUGAUGAUGCUAACACUUCCUUGCAAAGGAAAGAUUCUUGUGAUGAUGAAAUUGAGCAGAUUCUAAACUCAAAGAGUUCGAACAAUGAUGAGCUUGAAUCAAAAGAACCAGUGGAGGAUGAUCAAAAUGACAAAGAAGAAGAACUCCCUUGCUCCACAAAUAUUGAAAUUCAAGAUGACUCCCAACCAAAUGUGGAAGAACUACAAAUUGAGGAACCUCAACAUCAAGAUAUUCCACAAGAAUGGAGGUACCAUAGAAAUCAUUCCAAAGAUGACAUUCUUGAUAGUCCAUCACAAAGAAUGAUGACAAGAGCUCAACUUAGAAGAUAUUUUGUCCAAGUACAUAAAGGAUAUGCUAAAGAAGUUCAAAAUGGAGGAUAUGAAAAGUGUUGGAACUCCCAUGAGCUCAACAAUUAAAUUGGAGAAAGAUGAAAAAGGUAAAGAGGUAGAUAACAAAUUUUAUAGAGGUAUGAUUGGUUCUUUACUCUACUUGACAGCAUCUAGACCAGAUAUUCAUUUUAGUGUAUGUUUAUGUGCAAGA